GCGACACUUUUGCCCCGAAUGAACACCGUGUAACUUUUGGGCAACUUUCGACAGCCUUAGCAGUAAGGGACCGUCGUCAAAUGCGUCGGCCCCGCGAGGCGGAGUGUAGUCCGCGGCCAUUCCCCCCACUGCGCCACUUUAAGUAAAAAGGGAAGCCUUGAAACCUCCAUGUUUGUAUCUUGAAAUUGCGAGCGGAGUUGAGCACCAUAUUGAAUCAAAGUUGCCAACUCCUUAGCAAAUGUUUGGCAACUUUUGCACUUCAAAAGUUAUCGGUCACUCGAGCGGACAACUUUGGCCCAAAGUGGAAUGGACGCGCUGUAGGCGGACUCGCGGCUCUACUUUCCGGCGCGUUUCACGCGGAGUUUUCGUGUCUGCGAAGUUCAUGCUUACACCGGAGACGGCGAACUAUCCCGAACUUUAAAGCGCGAGGUCAGCGUUCUGGACCAGACUUGGAUGUGAUGGACAAUUCGUCCUCUAUCAUCACCCAAGUCAGCCGGGAUGACGAGGGAAGUCGAGGCGCAGCGGAGAAGGGUUCCUCUGCCACCCUGUCGUCCAAGAAGCCUCGAAGCGGGGGCCUCUUCUCCAGCCUCUUCUGCUGCGUGUGUCGGGACCAGCCUGAGCCCCAACCUGUCAACAACAACGCCCCUCUCUUAGUGGAGGAGAACGGCACCGUCUCCAAGGCCCAGGUAAAGCCACUGCUGCCGCCGGUGAAGUCGAAAGACGCUGGAAAGAUCUGUGUGGUGAUAGACCUGGAUGAGACUUUAGUUCAUAGUUCCUUUAAGCCAGUGAACAAUGCUGAUUUCAUCAUUCCUGUGGAAAUAGAUGGAACAGUACAUCAGGUGUAUGUCCUGAAGCGGCCACACGUGGACGAGUUCCUGAAGAGAAUGGGGGAGCUGUUUGAAUGUGUCCUGUUUACUGCCAGCCUAGCUAAGUAUGCAGACCCUGUCUCCGACCUCCUGGACAAGUGGGGAGCGUUCCGCUGCCGCCUCUUCAGGGAGUCUUGCGUCUUCCACCGUGGGAAUUACGUCAAAGACCUGAGUCGCCUCGGCCGUGACCUCAACAAAGUCAUCAUUGUGGACAACUCGCCCGCCUCCUACAUCUUCCACCCGGAUAACGCAGUGCCUGUGGCUUCGUGGUUCGACGACAUGUCCGACACCGAGCUUCUGGACCUCAUCCCGUUCUUUGAGAAGCUGAGCAAAGUGGACAACAUCUACACGGUUCUCAAGCAGCAAGGGACCGCAAGCUAACGGUUCUCAACUUAUGAUUGCAGCUCAGAACAAAACCGCCGAACAAAAAACAAAAAAAACAAAAAAAAAAAACGUAAAUGAAAACACCAGGUCCGUUUAUCACUGCCCUUACCCUCCCAGUAUCAAACCACCGUCAGUUUUUGUUUUUCUUACUUUUUGCUCACUGGCAACUUUGCCGGCGUCAGUGCUGCCCCCCUCUGGUCAGACAAUUGAACAGACGAGAGGAUGAAAGAAUGUUUGGCGAUACUUUUGGCAGCGUGGCCGUACUGGAAGGAACCAAUGCUGGGAUCUAUACAGACACCUCUGAACAAAGACUGGGUACUGGACACAAUUCUCUGAAGUCUGCAAACCAACUGCAAGCAAGAAUCAAGUGGAAAGGCAUUUUUUUUGGGAAUGGUUUACAUGCAAAUACAGGGCAGACGGUGUACACAUACUGUAGCUUAUAAGUGUCUUUUGAACAUUUUCGGAGUCUGUUUGUCCCCUAAUUUUGCGACUAUCUGUCGACAUUCACGCAAUCCUCGGGUGGCCUUUUAAAAGUUUUUAGAGUGAUCAGGUGUUUUUGAGUAAUUAUGACAGUGUUACGGGGGAAUUUGAUUCUUAUAAAACAAAAGUUUUAAUGUUGGAAGCGACUGUAAUGUCGCGUGGAAUGAGGGGAUUGUGGAAAAGCUUAGACGGCACUUUACCAGUUAUAUGUGUAGUUUAAAACAGAAUCAAUUUGAGCACGAAGUGCGGCCAUAUUUGGAUUUAAUUUAGCCUCAAAAUUUUCACGAACAUGUCUAGCCAAGCCCCCAACUGCAGCGUUUUCGCCAAAAACCUAAACAAAUAGAAGAGCUGUUGAUGGGUCUUCAAAGGCCAGAAUUCAACAAUUCAUACGUGCACCUGUGUGUUAGUCAAUGACCAGCUGCCUCCAGGGUUAUGAGGACCAGAACAGAGAAUAAAAAAAGGAAAAUGCCGCCCACACCUUUGUAGCUUCUCAACGACGAUCGAAAAACUUCCAACUGUGUCUGAUUGCUUCCUUGCUUUUUAGCUUCAAAUUAUUCGUGCAUUUUACUCGCUGUGUUUUACGAAAGCCGCAAACAGCCUUUCAUGCUUUUUUUUGCCAGUUUCCUUGUGAUAACAAGAUAGUAGACGUCAUUAACACGAGAUAAAGCAUUUCGUUAUGUUGUAAUAACAAAGAAUAUACUUUUAUCUGCAGCAAAACAAACCAGUAAAAGUAACAAUCAAUUCAUUAUUGGUAACUUUAAUUCUGGUCUAACUAGCCAAUAUCAUCUGUCACUAUCAACGUCCAAAUCCUUGUCUAUUGAGGAAACGGUUGCGUUGGCUACAGCUGUAGUUUAGUUUUUCUCCAGUUGUCAACUUUAUUGGUGACCAGAUGAAGGGACCAGGCUGUCUACAUGGUUACAGAAGGAUGUAAGAGACUUGCAGGCUGGAUGGACUUUGUGUCACUCAGGAAUAGGUCUACAAGAUUUAGUCGUCUCUUGACCCAGAAUGCGUAUGAAAGCAGCGGGAUACUGAGAAAUACUAUCUCGUGGUAGCUAAUUUUGUCGCGAUAGUACGAGAUAGUACAUGUCAUUAUCAUGAGAAAACCAGAAAAGAUUGUAGAUGUUGAUAUCAUGAGAAAAAAAGAGUUGAUGUCGUUAUCAAAAGAAAAUGAGAAAAAGGACAGUAGAUCUUGUUGUCAUGAGAAAAUUAGAAAAAAAAAGAUAAUAAAUGUCGUAAUCAUGAAAAAAUUGGAAAAAGAUAGUAAAUGUCGUUAUCAUGACAUAAAGGGACAAAGAUUGAUGUCGUUAUCACCAGAAAACUUGGAAAAAGGACAAAGAUGUAAUGAGAAAAUUGAAAACGAAUAUAUGUCGGUAUCAUGGGAAAACUUGGAAAAUGAAUGUAGAUGUUAAGAAAAAAGAUAGUAGAUGUCGUUAUUACGAGAAAACGAGAAAAAAUAUAGUAUAUAUCGUCAAUGCAAGAGAACGGGAAAAAGAUAGUUGAUGUUGCGAUCAUAAGUAAGCAGGAAAAAGAUAGAUGUCCUUAUCUCUGGAAAACUUGGGAAAAAUAUAGUAGAUGUCUUUUUACAAAAAAAAAAAAGAAAGAUAGUAGAUGUUAUCAUGAGAAAACACAAAAAAAAAAAAGAUAGUAGAUGUCAUGAUCACGAGGAAAAAGAUAGUAAAUGUCGUUAUCGCAAGAAAAAGGAUAGUAAAUGUCGUUUACGCGAGAAAAAAGGAAAAAAGAUAGUAAAUGUCGUUAUUGCGAGAAAAUGGGAAAAAAGUUAGUAGAUGUCGUUAUCGUGAGAAAAAAAGAGUAAAUGUCGUUAUCGCAAGAAAAAGGGAAACAAGUUAGAUGUCGUUAUCACAAGCAAACCUGGCCAAAAGAUAACAGAUGUCAUUUUCACGAGAAAACUGGAAAAGGUAAUUGAUGUCGUUGUCACAAGAAAACGGGGUAAAAUAGAAAGGUUUGAUGUUGUUAUCAUGAGAAAACCGGAAAAAAAGCAAGUAAGGCCAUUUGCGGUUUCCGUAGUUUUUGAAUGGUGAACGAAAGUCGCAUUACAAAGCAUUGGGAGUUUUCUUUUCCGGAAGCGGUACUCUUAAGCUGGCAAGAACGUACCUUUGUAAAAGCUGGAACAUUAAUGACUUCAUUUAGUUGACCUUAGAGAAAGAAAUCCCAGAGACACUUCAGCGUUCUUAACAAACAAACAAACAAACCACAUUUGAAAUAAAUUUCAGCAGAAAACAAAAAGCUAACAGCGAGGAAAUGUCGCAUUGUUGACAAUGGGUUGAGGAUGUACUAUUUUUUUUCAUUUACAAUCUUUAGAUGAAAGGUUUGGUCAUAUAAAAAGGUAAAAUGGCUGCUAAUAGCCUUGUGUUAUCCCCCUUUUUUGCGUUGACAAUACGUUGUGUAGACACUGAUGAAUGAAAACGGUGGGUUGGACUAAAAGCCUGACGGCUUGUAAAGGGGCAGGGAUGACCAAUAAAUCCACCACAUACAGAGCUAUUGUGUUAUUUUUAUAUGUUAAACAAAUCAUUGUCAAUCAAAAUAGCCAGUUCUUUCUUCUCUUUACCUAAUUUUAUUUUUUAUUGCUUACUUUGCCGAGGAUUCGUCCUCGGAAAUAAUAUUUAUAGUAUGUUUUUCAAUUGCUCUUGCCGUUUUCAUGCAAGACCCGGUUGGACGCUCCUUAUAUCGGUUUGUAGACCAUGGAUCAAAAACACCAGCAGGACUGUUAAUGGGGUUUGUUAUGGUUCAAGGCACAUAACAAGGUAACCGUUUCAAAACCGUUUUAUGCAAGCCAUCGUUACAUGUCUCACCUGCCAAUAGCCUCUGGACUGAUGCCGUUUUCAGUUUAUGGACACUAAUAUUUAUAGGAAAUCAGUCAUUUUUUUGUCAUCUGAUUAUGUCUAAAGCAAGUGUUGUGUCACUGUGGGGGCCCGUUGACUUUUUACACAUUUAGUAGAUAUGUAUAUGUUGUUUUGCACAGUAAUAAAGCAAGCAAAUUUCAUUAAUAUAUGAAAUGUUUGUGUUGCCGUACCCAUGACUCAAUAGAUGUAACCUAAUUUUGUUUUUUGUUCUUAUACCAAAUAAUGUAUGGGCUGUAUGUAAUAUAAAUGUCAUUUUCUUCCCCCUCAUAAAUGCUAAAUGAAAGCUG